AUGGGCUGGCCAGGCGUGGGGAGUCUCGCUGCCACUGCGGGAUAUUUCUUCUCUCGCAGCCAACCUAACACUGACAAGAAGUCCCCGGAUCCAACCUCCCCCACCCCGCCGGACUCCAGAUCCGAGCCGCCUUCUCCUGCCGCCGAUGAACAUACUCCGGAGAGCCAUGACGCUGACGUCUCGACAUCUCCGCCCCUAGUUGAUGAAGAGGAUGGCUCUCAGAAUACACCCAAGGCGUCGGCAUCAAGUGCGCCACCACCAGUCCUUGCCGUCCCCACGUUGAGCCUGAAUGAUGACUCAAGCGACAACGACAAUGCUACCGGCGUCGCGAGAGGCUCGUCAGGCCAGACGAGCGUGAACGGCUCAAAGACACCGCAGACAACACCCAACGAUGCGCCUACUAAGACAAGGAUGCAACCCCCAUCUCUCGUGGCGACGUCGCCGCAACAGCCUACCAACACAACCAACACAACCACACCAUCCCUCAUGCCUCCACCCCCAAUCCCACGCCCCCGACAAACCCCACAACCAAACAGAGCCCCUCCAACCCUCCAACCACCCCGAUCAAGCGCCAGUUCCCUCCACACACCCCCAUCCGCCGCCGGUCUCCGCGUGCCCCCCACCUCCAGCAGCAGCAGCAGCAGCAGCGGCAGCGGUCUCAGCAACAGCACCCUCGCCCCAACCGCAGUCAAGAAACAAGCAUCCCGCAAAGUAGUCCUUGAACCAGGCUACUCACCCCUAGACUGGGCCGCGCGCGCCGCAAACCCAAACAACCAACUCCGCGGCGCGGGUCUACCCCCGGGACUGCUGCGGGUAACCCCGUCCAUGCUGAAGACGCAGAAUGGGCGCAAGGGCCGAGAUGCUUGGACGUCGUAUCAGGGCAAGGUUUAUAAUAUCUCGCCGUAUGCGCCGUAUCAUCCCGGUGGGAAGGGGGAGUUGCUGCGGGGUGCGGGGAAGGAUUCGGCGCAGUUGUUUGCGGAGAUUCAUCCGUGGGUGAAUUGGGAUGGGAUUUUGGGGGAGUGUUUGGUGGGGAUUUUGGUUUCGGAGAAUGAUAUUCAGGCGGAGAAUGGGUUGGAUGCGAUGGAUUGA